UUUGUAAUAAUUACCUCGUCAAAAUAGUUUAAAUUAAAAAAAAAAGUUUGAGUAGUGCAAGAAUAUCUAUUAAGGAUCGACAGGAUAUAGAGUUCACGAUGCCAACUACGGUGGUUUUUGGUAAGAACGAGAAGUGGAGGAUAAAUCGGAACAUCUUCGUAUUGGGUUUCGCCUUCAUGGUGCAUUUCACGGCGUUCCAUGGCGCUGCUAACCUACAAAGCUCCGUGAACACCGACGCCGCGGCUGGAACCUUCACGCUAGCGGCUAUAUACUUUUCUCUAAUAUUAUCGAAUAUAUUUCUACCAGCUUUGGUUAUAAAGUGGCUUGGCUGUAAAUGGGCAAUCGCAGUUUCUUUUAUAGCAUACAUGCCUUUCAUAGCUGCUCAAUUCUACCCGUAUUUGCACACGCUGGUACCAGCGGGAAUGAUGGUCGGUUUCGGUGGUGGCCCUCUCUGGUGCGCUAAAUGCACAUACUUGUCUGUUGUGGCAGAACCAUACGCGAAGUUAUCAGGUGUACCAGCAGAGGUGCUUGUGGUUAGAUUCUUUGGACUAUUCUUCAUGUUCUACCAAAUGGCACAGAUAUGGGGUAAUCUGGUGUCUUCAGCAAUUUUAUCUUCAUCACUCGGGGACGUGACGCUUUUGAUGAAUGAAACAUACAUUGAGGCACCUAAAGUAGCGGCGCUCAUGAAUUAUACUAUAUCUACGCCUGACUAUGGUUCCACUUGCGGAGUUAACUUUUGCAGUGGUAGCGAUGCGCAUGAAAACACAAAUUUAGAGACGCCAUCUCCGGUUAAGAUUCAGUUGAUCGCAGGUGUUUACCUUGCUUGUAUGGCUGCAGCGAGCAUUCUCGUCGUCAUUGGUGUGGAUUCAUUAAGCAGAUAUAAUACUGGACGUCAACCGAUGGCCCAAGGCAAGUCAGGGUUCCAAUUGCUGGCGGUUACGCUUCGCCAACUCAGGCACAAGUACCAAUUGUUGUUACUGCCCGUUAUCGGUUACAUCGGCGCUGAACAAGCAUUCAUGGCGGCGGACUUUACGCAGGCUUUUGUGGGGUGUGCAUACGGGAUUAGCAAUAUCGGUUUCGUGAUGAUUUGCUUUGGAGUUUUCAAUGCUCUGGCGGCACCAGUAGCGGGUGCUAUUGUUAAAAUAACCGGUCGUUUUCCAGUCAUGGUGAUUGCUCUCCUCUUGAAUAUCUGUUUGUUGACGUCGCUGUUGAUGUGGAGGCCAGAUCCUAAGCAAUGGCUGGUUUUCUUCAUACUGGCCGCGAUCUGGGGAACCGCAGACGCUGUGUGGCUUGUCCAAGUAAACGCUCUCUCGGGGAUCCUGUUCCCGGGUAACGAGGAAGCAGCUUAUUCUAACUUUCGUUUAUGGGAAGCGACUGGUAGUGUGCUCUCAUAUGCAUCAGCACCAUAUCUAUGUGUGAGGACCAGGUUAUACGUUCUGGUGGGUCUUCUAAUCUUAGGAUUCUCAGGAUACACGACCAUCGAACUAAUGGAGUAUCGCGUGAAGCGUCAUCAUAAUGAAGAAAGGAAGUUCGAAUUAGUUGCAGAGAAAGCUGACCAAGAAUAGAACGUACUACCAUUUACAUAAUUUAUUAAACGAUGUGAUAAAUCUUUUAGUUAUUAAUAGACUUAUCAAAUAAUUUCUAGCCUUAAAUUUGAUUAAUGGUGUAUAAUUAACUAUUUUUUUGUUCACAAAGUUUUUGACCAACGUCACAAAAAGACCAAGUCAAUUCAAAGUUGGCAAAUUAUGAGUUUUUAAAAAAGAAUCUCAUGAUUUGUAUUCUUUUCUCAUGUCACUUUAUUUCUUAUCUAAAAGUUCAUAUUGUAGACGACUCUUCCUAGGACCCCUCCUUAAUGCAGUGACGAAAGAAACUCAUAGGUUUAUUUGUAAAUUCAUACAUAGAUCAAAUUAAACCUUAUCAUUUUAAAAAUCUUUUAACAAGAAGUCGGUGAAUUAUUUACGUAAUACAUGAGAAAAAAUAGUCUAUUAAAAUGGUAGUAACAUUUAUCUAAUUUGUAUUUAAUUAAGAAAUAGCAAGUAAUAUAUAAUAAUAUUUAAAAUACUUUUCUAUUUAUUCCUAAGCGUAUAUAAACAAGAUAUCUUUCUUUGUGUGUUCUAAUGCUAAUAAAUGCGAUUUAAUAGCUAUAUUUUUUAGUAAGAACGUAGUUAUUUUACAGGAGUGGACUUUUUCCAACAGUUUUGGACUGUAGUAGUUAAGUUAUUAUUUUUUACUGUUUCCAACAAAGUAUUUUAAUUAUUGUUAUGUAUAUUAACGUUUUUCUUUAAUGUAAAUUAUUCUAAUAUAAUUAAUAAAACUUGUAAACGCAAUAAAUUAUGUAGGUUUCGUUAUCAGCCAGAUGCAGUUCUUUUGACCUUGCCUUUGUCUUUUUUGU